AUGGUAGGUAUCGAUGCAAGAAAUAAACAUAUACUUGAUACGAAAUAUAUUUGUAAUGUAUGUUCAUUGAUACUACGAGAUCCUGUACAGUUGACUCAAUGUGGUCAUCGAUAUUGUCAUACAUGUUUAAAUAUUGAACAAGAAACGACAAUUAGAUGUCAACAAUGUAAAUCAAAAACAUUACGAAGCAAAGUGCUAAUUGAUCGAGGCUUCAAAAUUGACAUGAAAUUACUACCCAUUGAAUGUUCGUUUUGUCAGUGGACUGGUGUCUUAAAUAACUAUCAAGAACAUCUUGAUCAAUGUUAUUCAAAUCUCAAAUGUGAACAUUAUGGCGAACAGUUCAACUCAGUUAAAGAAUUCAGCCAGAAUAAAGUCUCUGAAUGGCAACAACUGACUGUUGAUUGUAUAUUGAGAGACUUUGGUUGUAACGAGCGAGUUAACCAUGCCCAAAUGAAAAAUCAUUAUUUGACUGAACAACAUCAACGUGCCAUACUCAAUGUUGUUCAUCGAAUUUCAUCGAUAUUAAACGAUAGACACGGAGAUAUUCAUUCUUCUCAAAUUACAAAUGUAGGAGCUUGUAAUCCUGCUACAGCUCAAUCACAAGAGGUUAAUGAAAUACUCAAUAUCUUGAUAGGCGGCAUUGCAACAUUGGGCAAUGAUGAACAACGUCUAAGGAGGGAGUCAAUUCAAAUGCAAAUAUCAUUGACAGAACAAUUAUUAGAAUAUAAAUUAUCCACUGAAGAAUCAAUUGCUUUUUUGGGACCACUAGAACAUAAUCAACACAUUCUUAGUCAAGGUUUACUAUUGGAAGAAGAAAGCAAUGAUUUGCAAUAUGUUCCACAUGAUGGAACAUUUUUAUGGAAAGUAAAAAAUUUUCAAAAGAAAAUGAUUGAUGCACAAUCCGAACGACAAACCUCAAUCUGUUCACCACCUUUUUAUUCAUCACCUACGGGCUAUAAAAUGCUAGGUCGUCUUUACUUAAACGGUGAUGGAAAUGCUCGUCGUACACAUAUGUCACUUUUUUUUGCACUCAUGCGAGGCGAAUACGAUGCUAUUCUUAAAUUUCCAUUCAAUUACAGAGUGACAUUUUGUCUGUACGAUCAGACUCCAGCACAACGACAUAUUAUUGAUUCAUUUCAACCUGACAUUGGAUCAAGUAGCUUUCAACGACCUCGGUUGGAAAUGAAUAUAGCCAGUGGUAUAUCAGAGUUUGUCCCAUUGAAAAUGAUUCAACAGGAAGAAAAUCCUUAUGUACGCGAUGACACAAUGUUUAUCAAAAUUACGGUUGAUUUUCAGGAAACACCAAAUAUAUCAUUGUCCUACGGUUUGAGUCUCAAUCCAGGUUUGCCAACGCAUGUUCAACAAGCAAUGAUCAAGCAAGAAAUGAAAAAAAGAUUUGAACAACAAUUGCAAGAUUCGAAUGAAACGACAGAGAUACAAUUGAGCUGCGACGAAACUACUCAAUAA